CAGCAUCCCAAUAAUUUCUGACAUUCUGACAUCGAGUCACAAUCGCGAUUACGGACGGUGCCGGUGCUUGCCAUUCUGCAAGAAAUAAACAAAACAAGGACCCGCCGUUUUUGUGCCCCUCCGACUGCGGAAACAUGGCAACGACAGCAGAGGCUGGUGCUGCAUCAGCCCAGCCAAAUGGAGCCCCAUCCUGCAAAGUCGUCCUCGCCGGCUCGAUAGCCAAAAAGCUACUGGAAGAAGUCAAAGACGGCCUGAAGAAUCUCGACAAACCUCCGGCGCUGUACGGAUAUCUCGCCAACCAAGAUGCAGCAGCGCGAAUGUACGCCGACUGGACGGCAAAGACGUGCAAAGAGAACGGCUUCGACUUCCACCUCCGCGAAGUCGCGCGCGAAGACCUCGAAGACGAACUGCGCGACGCAAACCAUAACGCCGCCGUAGACGGCAUGAUCGUGUACUACCCCGUCUUCGACUCCACGCGGGACCGCACGCUCCAAUGGACCGUCAGCAUGUACAAAGACGUCGAGGGCCUGUCGCCCCAGCUCAUCUCCAACAUGUACCAGAACAUCCGCUUCCUCGACCCGCCCGCCAACACGCACAAGUCCAUCCUGCCCUGCACGCCGCUCGCGAUUAUCAAGAUUCUCGAGCAUUUGCAGAUUUACAAUACGUUUCUGGAUUAUGGGAGCCGGCUGUUUGGGCGCCGGGUUACGGUUGUGAAUCGGAGUGAGGUUGUGGGACGGCCUUUGGCGGCGCUGCUGGCGAAUGAUGGGGCGGAGGUGUACAGUGUUGAUGUCACUGGGGUGCAGCAGUUCAGUCGCGGCACCGGGUUACGGAAGCAGAAGCAUGAGGUGAAGGAGAUGGAGGGGUGGGGCCUGGAGCAGUGCUUGGCUGUGAGCGAGGUGAUCAUCAGUGGUGUGCCGGGAGAGGCAUUCAAGGUGCCGACGGGUAUGAUUCGCGAGGGCGCGGUCUGUAUCAACUUCUCGAGCGAGAAGAACUUCACUCCGGAUGUGAAAGAGAAGGCAUCCAUUUACGUGCCAGCUAUCGGCAAGGUGACGAUUGUCAUUCUGCUGCGCAACUUGCUGCGCAUCGUUCAAAACCGGCCACAGAUGCAAUCGUGAAGCGGCAUGUGAAUGAACACGUGAAUGUGGCGCUCUGUCUCUGGGCUGCGCCUUGUUUCACAUCACCUU